AUGACUGUCGAAUCAAGCUCCACUCAAGUCCUCAUCGUCGGCGCCGGCCCCACGGGUCUUGUCGCUGCGUUGGGACUUCUGAAGAACGGCAUCUCCGUGCGCAUUAUCGAGAAAGACAGAGCACCCCGCCAGGGACAACGUGGUCCCGGCAUUCAGCCGCGCUCGCUGGAACUGUAUCACUUCCUCGGGGUCCCAGAGAUCCUGGAGCAGGCGACUGCGAUGCCGGACUUUAUGUCACAUACGAUGGGGAGUCCUGCAGCGCUGAAAGAGUUCCCGAUGACGCCCUACGCGGACCCGACUCCAGCCAUUCCUUUUAACAACGUGCUCGUGCUGGGUCAAAGUAGCGUCGAGAGGCAUCUUCGUUCUCACCUAGAGAAGCGAGGUACUCUUCUAGAGUACGGCAAGGAACUCGUGUCCUUUGAGCAACACGACGACGGCGUUGUUGCGCAGAUCUCCGUCAAGACCGAGGACGGCAUCCAUACUGAAACAAUCAACGCGCAGUAUAUUAUCGGUGCCGACGGUGCAAGGGGCAUAGUCCGAAAGCAACUUGGCCUCAAGUUCCUCGGUGAGACGCGCGAGACCACACGCAUCAUCACUGGUGACAUCCGCUUCAAGUGCGAUGCCCUGCCCAGAACUAACUGGCAUCUAUUCGGCAACGGUGCCGGUAGCGUCGUCUCUCUUCGUCCCGCCAGAGACUUUGGUGAGGACGACGCGUGGCAUCUCAUCAUGUCCGGAGACAAGUACGACGUCUCGAAGCUGCUGGCUGACGAAGAUGCCUUGUGUAAAUCCAUCGAGGAAGCUAUCGGCGCUACUGUGAAGUCUUUCGAAGUCGUGUGGAUCUCCGACUUUAGGCAAGUGCAGACGCGUAUGCCGAACAUUAGGGUUGUGAACAAGUUCGGACAAGGACGGGUCCUCGUUGCAGGAGAUGCUGCACACGUACACAGUCCCACAGGCGGACAAGGUCUGAACUCUGGCGUCCAAGAUGCUUUCAACCUCGCAUGGAAAGUCGCGCUGGUUGCCAAACACCUCGCCCCGCAAUCCCUGCUCGAGACCUACACGCUCGAGCGCCUGCCCGUCAUCACCGAGCUGCUCGGACUCACAACCGCGCUGCUCGACAAGACUUUCGGGCCCAAGCACGACACCGUCGAGAAUGCGUUCCACCGCGGCCGCAUUCUCUACAUGCUCGGCGUCAACUGCCGCGCGAGCCCGAUCGUGUGCGACGAGCGCGCGGUCGACGUCGCGCCCAUCGCGGCGUACGGAGAGGAGGUGAGCGGCCAGCUCGUCGCGGGCGACCGCGCGCCGGACGCGCCUGGCCUCGUCGAGGUCGGCGGUGAAGGUCGAGGAGGGGUUGUCAGCCUCUUUGAUUUGUUCAGAUAUACGCACCACACCGCGCUGGUGUUCGCUCCGGAGAUUCUGGAGGCCGAGGAAAUAGUCAAGUUGCUGAGCCCGUACGCGGAAUCGGAGAUUGCUCGCGUUGUGGUCGUCUUGCCCGCUACGGGAGAAUCAGAGGCGACUCUUGACUAUGCCAGAGUGGUGGUCGACAAGGAGAAUCACGCGCACGCGAAUUAUCUGAUCGAGAGAGGCGAAACGCGGGUGGUCAUCGUUCGGCCUGACGGUGUCGUAGGUGCGAUUGUGGCGGGGUCGUUGGGCAUCCAGAAAUACUUCGGGAGAAUUCUUGCCCAAUAG